GAGCCAGCAGCGGCCGAGGCUCCGGGCACCCGCGCGGCUCCCGGCGGCGGAGCGGAGAUCCCGGAGCGCCCAGGUUCCUUCCGAAAGCGAGCUGGAGUCUGGCCUGGUCGCCUCGGGGAGUGGGGGCACAGCUAGAAGGAGCCAGAGCGCAGAGGUCGGGAGCUGAGCAGCAGAGACAUGCCCGUGCUGUCUGAGGACUCCGGUUUGCAUGAAACCCUGGCACUAUUGACUUCUCAGCUCAGACCUGACUCCAACCACAAGGAAGAGAUGGGCUUCCUGAGGGAUGUUUUCAGUGAAAAAAGCCUCGGUUACUUGAUGAAGAUUCACGAGAAGCUUCGCUAUUACGAGAGGCAAAGUCCAACCCCUGUUCUGCACAGCGCUGUGGCCCUUGCUGAGGAUGUGAUGGAGGAGCUGCAGGCCGCCUCUGUGCACAGCGACGAGAGGGAGCUGCUCCAGCUGCUGUCCACCCCCCACCUCAGGGCCAUGCUCAUGGUACACGAUACAGUUGCUCAAAAGAAUUUCGACCCCGUUCUUCCCCCUCUGCCCGAUAAUAUUGACGAGGAUUUUGAUGAAGAAUCAGUGAAGAUUGUCCGCCUGGUAAAGAACAAGGAACCCCUGGGUGCCACCAUCCGGCGGGAUGAGCACUCCGGGGCUGUGGUGGUGGCCCGGAUCAUGCGAGGGGGCGCGGCCGACCGGAGCGGUCUGGUCCACGUUGGAGAUGAACUCCGAGAGGUGAACGGGAUCGCAGUCCUGCAUAAACGCCCCGAUGAGAUUAGCCAGAUUCUGGCGCAGUCCCAGGGAGCCAUUACCCUGAAAAUCAUCCCAGCCACCCAGGAGGAGGACCGUUUAAAGGACAGCAAGGUGUUCAUGCGGGCCCUCUUCCACUACAACCCGAGGGAGGACCGGGCCAUCCCCUGCCAGGAGGCGGGCCUGCCCUUCCAGCGCAGGCAGGUCCUGGAGGUGGUGAGCCAGGACGAUCCCACGUGGUGGCAGGCCAAGCGAGUAGGGGACACCAACCUUCGAGCUGGCCUCAUCCCCUCCAAGCGGUUCCAGGAAAGGCGACUAAGCUACAGGAGAGCCACCGGCACCCUGCCGAGCCCCCAGAGCCUCAGGAAGCCCCCCUAUGAUCAGCCUUGUGACAAAGAGACCUGUGACUGUGAGGGGUACUUCAAAGGGCACUAUGUGGCUGGUCUUCGGAGAAGCUUCCGGCUGGGCCGAAGAGAAAGACCGGGAAGCCCCCAGGAAGGAAAGGGGUCUGCAGGAGCCGAGGCUCCAGAGCUGCUGACCUAUGAGGAGGUAACCAGGUACCAGCACCAGCCUGGUGAACGGCCCCGCCUGGUGGUUCUGAUUGGAUCCCUGGGAGCCCGACUGCAUGAGCUGAAGCAGAAGGUGGUGGCAGAGAACCCACAGCACUUUGGCGUUGCAGUUCCACAUACCACCAGGCCUCGAAAGAGCCAUGAGAAGGAGGGGGUGGAAUAUCACUUCGUCUCUAAGCAAGCAUUCGAGGCUGACUUACAUCACAACAAGUUCCUGGAGCAUGGUGAAUAUAAGGAAAAUCUCUACGGAACCAGCCUGGACGCCAUUCAGGAGGUGAUGGCCAAAAACAAAGUGUGUUUGGUGGACGUGGAGCCGGACGCACUUCAACAACUGAGGACCUCAGAGUUCAAGCCCUAUGUUAUAUUUGUAAAACCUGCGAUUCAGGAAAAGAGGAAGACGCCACCCAUGUCUCCAGCUUGUGAGGACACAGCAGCCCCAUGUAUGAAGAACCUGAAGUCCAAAGCAAUAGCCUGCUCUGCUGCUCAGGAACCAAGCUGCUGCCCCGCCGUGCAGGGCCCGGCAGCCGCCAUGUCCGGCCCGUUCGAGCUCUCGGUGCAGGAUCUCAACGACCUGCUGUCGGACGGCAGCGGCUGCUACAGCCUGCCGAGCCAGCCCUGCAACGAGGUCACCCCCAGGAUCUACGUGGGCAACGCGUCUGUGGCGCAAGACAUCCCCAAGCUGCAGAAACUAGGCAUCACCCAUGUGCUGAACGCUGCUGAGGGCAGGUCCUUCAUGCACGUCAACACCAAUGCCAACUUCUACAAGGACUCCGGUAUCACCUACCUGGGCAUCAAGGCCAAUGACACGCAGGAGUUCAACCUCAGCGCCUACUUUGAAAGGGCUGCAGACUUCAUCGACCAGGCCUUGGCUCAAAAGAAUGGCCGGGUCCUCGUCCACUGCCGGGAAGGUUACAGCCGCUCCCCAACCCUCGUGAUUGCCUACCUCAUGAUGCGUCAGAAGAUGGAUGUCAAGUCUGCCCUGAGCAUCGUGAGGCAGAACCGUGAGAUCGGCCCCAAUGAUGGUUUCCUGGCCCAACUCUGCCAGCUCAAUGAGAAACUAGUCAAGGAGGGGAAGUUGAAACUCUAGGGCACUCCUGCUGCCUCUUCUCUAGAGGCAGGGAGGGGAGGCCCUGGUCCAGGUGCCCCAAGCUGCCAUGUUUAGGAAACACAGUGUACCCUGCUCCCAGCAUCACCAGGCACUUGCCCACAAGUCUGUCCCAAUACAGCCCUGGGCCACUUUCCCCCUGGGGAGCAUAUAAAGAAGCUUGCUAAGGAAGG